AUGUUAUUAUUAGAUUGUACACCUGAACGUAAAAAAGAUCAAGUUUGUAGUAGUAGAUCAUACAAAGUUGUUUUUAAUGCUUGUUGUGCUUUACCAUCUAAUGUGACACAUUUGCUCUUUUUACUUGGAAUUUUGGUGAGUCUUUUCUUUGAUUGUUUAGUAACCUUUUAA